UUGUUUGAUUGCAAAAUUUCUUCUUUUCAAGGAAAUCAUUCGUGAGCUUUCGUGUUUCGUGAAACUCUGUUUGUCCCUUAGCUUCGUCGGAUUAUUCUAAUCCGUCUUCCACCUGAAAAUAUGGCAGAUUGAGAGCACGAGAUGUGAUGUGCCCACCUGCAAUGAUCACUCUGCAUCUUCCUAUCUUCACCUGUUUCUAUAUAUAUAUCACUGUCAAGCGCUUUUCAUUCUAAGAUAACAUUCCAUUUCGUGUGAGAAUUAGUGCAAAGAAGCUCCGAGUCGGUAGUACUUUUCGGAAGUUUUAAGAUUAUUAGAUCGAACAUCGCCUCGUCUAUUGUUCGUCUGGGUAGCUGAAGAAGUUCGGGUCUCGGCAAAAGCUCUAGUUGGCCAAUUGCGACCAAGAUUCUCUAAGCGAUCAGCACAGGACCCGAUCAGCUUGGCCUAUAAGUAAUUAAUGGAGGGUGGCCAUCACUAUUUCAGUUGGAACAGCAGCUCACUGCCGAGCAUAGGAAAUGUGUUAGAAGACGAGGAGGACGGGGAGCUGAAAUCGGUCCAGCAGUUGCCUGCUAUCCCUCAGCCUCAAACACCCAAUGAGCCCAUGGAGUUCUUGUCGAGGUCGUGGAGCCUGUCUGCUUCGGAGAUCUCAAAAGCUCUGGCUCAGAAACAGAGCAACCUUAAACUCGACAUCAAUCUCAGCACGGUUCCGGAAGGCCCGGUGGAUCCUCAGCAUCUCGCAAUGAAGGUCAUGAACUCAACCAGUGCUCCAAGGACAGGAUCGUUCGGGAAAUGGUUCCACCACCACCACCACCACAGAGAAACAAAUACGAGCAGCACUUCAAUGAAUAGGAAAGAUAAAGCCCGGUUCGAGAACGCUCAUUUGCACUCAGCUCUGUCAGUUGCUGGUCUAGCAGCUGGCCUGGCUUCAGUGGCUGCUGCUCAGGCCUCUGGUGACUCGAGAAUGAGCAUAGCCUUGGCCUCAGCCACGGAACUGUUAGCUUCUCAUUGUGUUGAACUGGCUGAGACAGCUGGAGCAGACCAUGAAAGAGUAGCUUCUGUUGUUAGAUCAGCUGUGGAUAUUCAAAGCCCGGGGGAUCUCAUGACUCUUACUGCAGCAGCUGCCACAGCUUUACGAGGAGAAGCAGCUCUGAAAGUAAGAAGGCCAAAAGAAGCUAGGAAGAACGCCACAAUUAGUCCCUAUGACAGGGGAAUAGCGGAAGCGCAUGUUGCAGCUGAUGCUACCUCUUUCCAUGGCACCGGCCGAGAAGACGGUCUUCCCUGUGAAGGUGAACUUCUGCAGCACACACAAAAAGGGGUGUUCCAAUGGAAGAAUGUCUCUGUCUACAUGAACAACAAAUCUCAGGUCAUACUCAAGAUCAAAAGGAAACACGUCGGAGGAGCUUUCUCGAAAAACAGUAAAUGUGUUGUUUAUGGAGUCUGCGAUGGAACUUCUGCCUGGCCCUACCGAAAAGAGAGGGAAUACGACGAGGAAAUCUUCUUCGGGCUGAAAACCGGGCAGGGACUUCUGGAGUUCAAGUGCAAGAACAAGGCUCAAAAGCAAAGAUGGGUGGAUGUGGUUCAGAGGCUUCUUCGACAGGCUCAGCGGGUUGAGUUGACCGAGUGCUCUCUGCAACUCUUAAACAUGAACGGCAGUUCGAGUAUAUGAUUCCUUUUCACAAAAACUUCGGUUCCGGAUAGUUGUAUAUGAAUCAGAGGAUGUCUCUUCAUAUGAGAGGGAACAUAUAGUAAGAGCAGUAUAAUGUACUACUUUUCUCCUUCGGGUCUCGCUCCUUGGCGGGAAGAACCCAGCUUAUACGAUAGCCAGCAGCAGGAGUGAAAGUUCAACAACUGAGGAAAAUAUGGGAAUUAAGUCGAGAAAAUAAUCGGGAUAGUGUGAAAUUAGAGAAUGUGAUGUACAUACAAAUACAGCCUCUUAAUUCAGCUUUUGUAAUCCUGUUAGAAAACAACGGUUUUGUUUUGUUCGUAAGGCAAAACCCGAAGUUCGCAGUAUGAUUUUACUGCUUUUAUGAGGCA